AUGGCCAUGCCAGGGGAUACUGGCGACUUGGACAUUGGCCUCUUCUCUUGUGAGGAGCUGGAAAACCUCGACAUCCACCUGACCUUCGAGGACGCACACUCCGAGUUUGCCUUCAGCAAUGAGGAGGAGCAGGACGCACACACGCUGCGCCACAUGGAGCAGACGCUCAGACGAUGCGUCGAAACAAAACGGCUCCGGCUGAAGGUGCUAACAAAGGCCACGGUCGAUCAGCUGAUCCCGCAGCUGGCCUCAAAUCGACAGACAGUUGUGUCGAUGCCACGCCGCUCGCGCUGCACUCGUUGGACUGAAACCGAGAGGCCAAACCGCCUCACACACGGCGCCCUUCUGCUCAUGCGCUUUGUCCAUCAUCUGCAAGACACCCGCGACGUCAUCGCCCGUGCGGCCGCAUGGCUCGAACAGGCGCGGCGGCAGGCAGCGAAGAUGAUGCGGCCAGCAGCGAUGGUGGCAGUCGAGGAACGCGUCAAUGCCGUCUUCAAAAUGCGACGAACCACCCCGCUCGCCGUUGUCGCAGACCCAGCCACCAUUGCCGACAUCACUGACACCCUCUUUGCUGACAGCGGCAGCGAGCCACCAGAGGCCGUGGUGGUUGGCAAGCUGAACUUAAUCCACCAAGCAUGCGUGUCAAACGUGCUGCUGCUGUUUCCAAAGGACGUGGUCAAUGACGAGGCAAGCGCGUACAUUCUCAAGUACCAAGAGGAGCACCGUGGACACAUGCCUUCCGCCAUCAUCGUUCCAGUGUGGUGGGAGCAGCUGUUCGCCGUUGUUGCCACUGAGCGUGGUGUUCGCUGCUUGAGCACGGGCGGUGUUGAGUGCAAGUCCGUCGUGCGUGAUCUGGCGCGAAAGCUGCACCUCCAAAUCAAGGACGUGCUGCCAUCCUCGUCUACAACACGAACAAAGGCGGUUCCCACAGCAUCGGAGGGAGAGGAGGGCACAUCAUCCUCUCCUUCUUCCCCGUUUACCACAACUGCCGCCACCAACACCAACAAUACUACCUCCUCCACCUCCUCCUCCUCGUCCGCAUUCCCAACCGCCUUGUCGGCCUCAACUUCUCUCCCGCGCUCGCCCCGGCAGCCAGCAUCGCAGCUGCAGCAGCGACAGCCGUCGUCGUCGUCCCUGUUUUCGCCCUCACCAGCGACAUCACCAUCACCAUCAUCAUCACCAUCAUCAACAACAGGUGCAUUGCCUUCACCCCUCUGGCCCGCGUUUCCAUCCGACAUCCUGAACACGAAGUACCUUGACCCUGCACCGCCCACCUACGACCACUCCAUCGUGAUGCUGGGCGAGCUGGAGAAGCGCUGCACACCAGGGCCGCACCACCAGUGGAAGUCCUCCACCGCGGAUGCACACCGCCUCCUCUUGGGCAUCCAGCUGGCAACAGCGGACCUGCACGUGUGCACGCCGCUGCCAUCACCGGUGACGUCGCCUACAGACUCGAGCGGCUCUGCACAGUCCCCGCAGCUCUCUGGUGGCGCCGUACAACACGCGCCCUUGUCGCCAACUCGGAACACCGCUGUCGCCACCAUUGCCACCGCCGGCGCACCCGCAGCAGCCUUAACAGCAGCAACUGCAGUAGCACUGCCAACAACUGCAACAACUGCAACAACUGCAACUGCAAGAGCAGCGACCGCAGUGGGUGCGAAAACUGCGACAACGACCAUAACGACAACAGCCACGACGGCGACAACGAGAGGAGCAGCUACACAAGCAACAGCACCGCGACCAGUGCCAGCGAGCACGGCUGCUCUGCCUGCUGGGACAUCAUCGAAGUUAUCUUCCGUGACAGCGUCACUCGCCCAGCAUGUGCAUAUCACCAUCACCCACACCACCGCAACCACCGCCACCGCUGCGCACUCCGGAGGGCAGAACAGCAGGGCUUCUCAGGAGCAAUCCCUUCUCCCCCAAGGCCAACAGGGUGACGAGAGCGACGAGAGCGACAACGGCGGUGGUGAUGGGGAUGGCGGAAAUGAUGGUGCUGAACACAAUGGAGGCUCUGGCAGUGGCGGCCGCGGCCAUGACCGUGACGAUGACAUGAGCGGCAGUGACAGUGACAACGGUGAAGCCAAUGACCUGCGCGAAGAUUCUGAUGAUGACAACGAGGACAACAAUGACAACGAGGACGAGGACAACAGCAGCAACGACAGCCACCAUGGCGACGCUGGCAGUGUCACAGACGGACAACACCAGCGAUCACCGAUGCCAUCGCCAUCCACCAAGCCCAGCAGCGCACAGGGGAGUGGUGGAAGCUCUCGUACACGCGAAUCACACGCAGAAGAGCGGGCGAGUGCUGCUGGGCAGUUUGCACGAGGACACGCGCACGACCAAGUGAACGCCGUCGAUUGCAGUGUUGAUGGCGGUCGUGCGCACGGAGGUGAUGAACGGAGGGACCGCAAUCUCCACGCUGAUGUUAAGAAACAACAACAACAACGACAACAACAACAACAACAACAACAACAACAACAACAACAACAACAACAACAACAACAACAACAACAACAACACCAGUACCACCAGCACCAGCAGAAGCAGGUCUCGCAUGGCAGUGACACUUAUGAGAGCGAAGGCAAUGACGACAGCAACGGCAGCACCGAUGCCAGUGGCGCAGCGCACACACCCCACGCCCAAACCGCAAGCACCCACAACAGCAGCGCUGGAAAGCAGAGCAACGAGCACAAACGCGAAGGCAAGCGGAAGGCCAAGCGCAAAGAAAGUAGCCGCCGCGGCAGCGUUGACAGUUACUCAUCGCCCGUGACGGCUCCCAUGACGCCGGGCACGAAGGCGGGCCUGGAGGCAGCACACAGCUUGCUGCAGCUCUCCGAGAACGCACACCACCCAGGCUCACCCUCACUGUCGCCGUCAUCAUUCCAACAGCAACCAAGCCGGUUGUCAUCGCCGCCUCGGCAACAGCAGCACAUGCUCAAAAAGCCCAAGAGGAAUCAGCAGCACAACGUGGUCUCUUCCUCCUCGUUUGCUGCGACACCAUCACCCUUGCCACUUCCUUCAUCAUCGUCGUCGUCGUCGUCCUUGCUUGUGCGUCAUGAUGAGCAAGAGGGUGGGCAGAGCGAUCGUAUCGCUGCUGGUGGCUCGUUCAUCACCGUCCGCACGUCGUCUCCGCUGCCACCAGAGCAUCCCGAGGCCGCACCAACGCCAUCAGCUGCUGUGCCAACCCAUCCCCACGUCCAACAACAGCCUGUUGUACUGCCAACACCUGUGCCUGCUUCUACACCAUCCACCAUGCCCCGUGUUCAUGUGUACGGCGGCGCUGCACACCAUGCCUCUGCCUCACUGCCGCAGCCAGGCGCCUCGCUCUGGCGCAGUGAUCUCGAACGGCACAAACAUGCACAACAACAACAACAACAACAACAACAACAACAACAACAACAACAACAACAACAACUACAACAACAACUACAACAACAACUACAACUACAACAGUGGCAGCAGCGACCGUACUAUGACACACAAGACCACGGCGUCUAUCAGCACCAGCACCAGCACCAGCACCAGCACCAGCACCAGCAGCACAGCUUGCAUGGAGUGCGCAAGCGUGGCCAGCACCGCCAUGAUUCGUCUGGCAAGCGGAAACACGCCUCCCACAAAAGCAAGAAGCACAAGAAGACCAAAGCCAAGGACACACGGCACCAACACCACCACAACAACCAAAACCACCAACAGCAACAGCACCACAAGCACCAACACCACCAACACCACCAACAACCUGGAGGACAUUCUAGUCAUUCAGCCAUUCAUUCCCAACACAACACAGCGCCGACACACCUCGUCUCCAUUCCCGUCUCGCCACAUGGUCCCGAGGAUGCUGAUGUGCCUCGAGAUGUGCAGGCAGCACUGGCGCGCUUGUGUACACGCCCUUCCUUCGCCCUGUAUCGCCUGGCACCAUUUGCUGCAGCUCCACUCACUCCGCCAGACACCGUCAUUGCAUACGCAGCUGCCACACUUGGCGAGCAACUGAGCACGCAAGAAGCAGAGCUGGUGCUCAACGGUACGCUCCACACCUUACUCGCUGGACCACCGCCACACGACACAUCGUCCAACCCCUCCUCCUCUUCCGCAUCAGCGAAGAAUCACCAACACAAGCCUGCUGAUGGCAGUGAUGAUGUAGUCAUGCGCUCUGAUCAGUGGUCCCACGCAUAUGUACGCUGGCGCUGGAAGGGCCAACAAAAGGCAAAGCAGGCAAAACGGGCAGAGAAAGCCGAAAGCACGGUGCUCCCAUCAGCACCACCGUCAGUAAUGGAGGCGCUGCGUGUUGCAAUCGUGCGAUUAGCGUGGACGCGCUAUCACCACCUGCUGUUCGCUCUGCGCGUGCAGUAUCAGCGGCACCUUGAGCUGAAUGCUGCGCUUGAUCCCGUGGUGCGAUCAAUCGUUGCCAAACAGACGGAUCAGCAGUGGGCAGCGAUGCUUUCACGUGUGCGCAUGGCUGUCGCCACCGGCACACAAGCCGCAGCUGCGGCGCCAGCGACAACGCCAGCACCAGCACCAGCACCAACACCAACACCAAUAGCACCCGCAACAGCUGCGCCGACGGCAGUGGCAAUGGCGGGCUUGCAUCAAGGCAUCGACUCUGGUGUUGUCGCUGAUUAUGAUGGCAGUGGCGGUGACCGUGACGACGCAUACACGGCAGCUGCUGUUGGCGCGUACAACACCGCCGUUGCUCGUAGUGUUAUUGGUGGUGCGCAGGUAUCUGCGGGCCAGGGAGGUGGUGCGGCCAUUCGCCGAGAAGCUGGUGCGGACAGCGACUCCGAGAGCUCUGGCGAAGAUGACAGUGGCGACUCUUCGAGUGGCAGUGACACUGGCAGUGCCAGCACCACCAUCAAUGUCAGUAGCCAUGGGGAAGGACAACAAGCAACACGCUACCGACAGCAACAGCUACGGCAGAAUGGCGGCGCUGCUGGUGUUCACAGAGGCAUCGGCGGUGUGCUGCCGCGUGGCGAUGUUGCUGCUUCUGCUGCUGUUGCACGCGUUGCGACGCAGUUGCGGGCGUGGUGCCAGCCUCAGGUCGUGCGCCAACAUGUGGCGCCGCCUGUCGCCUCCAGCAACGAGCAGCAUGCCACCAUGCGUCCAGUCGCCAACAGCAGCAGCGGCAUGGGUGUGGUGGCUGUUGGUGCUGCUGCUCCCACGCACACGCCCCAAGCAAAGACGCACGUGGUGCGUGACCUUGUCUCCCGCGCAAGUAUCCCGCCAUUGCAACCAGCACGACGUGGCGCAAAUGGCGGUCGCCGCCACCGCCACCAUCGCCGUCGCUGGCGAUUUGUCGAUGGCUUUCCUCCCACGGACGACAGGUACCCAGCAGAAGCUGACGCCACAGCCCAGUGUACUGGUGUCACUGUUGAAACGCGGACCACACAUGGUGUGUAUGCGCACACGAGCGCCCGUGGCCAGGCAUCAUCGCCAUCAACGGCUGCCGCGGCCUCAGCGCUGUUGGCGUCGCUGUCGGCAGCUUCCCCCUCCUUCUCGCAGGCGAGUACAACAGGUACUGUGCACGGGGGCACAAGCACCCGUCAAGGUAUGAUGGAGGCUGGUGGGCGACGCUUGAGCUGGCAGACACAGCGCCAACCUGCAGGGCAGUACCAGCAGCAGUGUCAGCACGAGUGGACUACGGCACGGAGCAUGAACAAGAACAAGAAGAACAAGAAGAGGAGGGCGUUCAGUGAUGGAAGUGCUCGUGGCGGCGGCGGCGGUGGUGGUGGUGUGGAUCGUACCGGUGCGACAAGGAAGGAGGACUUUAUGCUCACAUGGAAGGUUCACAAGCCAAGGUUCAAGGACCACGACAAGGAGCAUUAAGGACGUGCGGGCUUGGUGAUUUAAUCGCGGCAGCUCUGGUGCUGGUAGCGGUGGUGGUGAUUGUGGUGGUG